CUGUCCCAAGACCCUCAGCUGCCAUCUUCCUAAACCUCUCAUGUAGCACAGGCUCAUAGCCGGCUGUCUAUUGUCAUAGCCCUUCAGCUGCACUUCACAGUGCCUCACUCUCACCAUACUGAUAACCCUUCAGCUUCAUCUGAUAUUCCCUCACCCUCACUAUCCCGCUAGCACUCAUCUCCUCCAGGAGCUGUCCUACCAUCCACUCAGCUCCCCCAAUACUGUUAUACCCUCCAAAGCCUGAUAGAUCCUCAUCUCCAUCUGAUAUUCCCUCACCCUCACUAUCCCGAUAGCACUCAUCUCCUCCAGGAACUGUCCCACCCUCCACUGAGCUCCACCUCAUACUGUCCAUUCGUGAUAGACCUCAUCUUCAUCUGAUAUGCUCCCACACUCACCAUCCUGAUAGCGCCCCAUCCCAUCCCUCGCUGUCUUAAAUGGCAUUUGUGAUUAAAUGAGGCCGAGGAUCUUUGCAAUAAGUGUCAUAACCUGGGGAUGACACCUGGGCAGUUUUUUUACUUGUGUAAAUAGUGACUGAGCACCUCAACCUCCCUCCUCGCUCAACCUGUUAGUGCUGCACAUGUUCCGACACGCAGACAAGCAGGGCAGUCAGGGAGAGGCUGCGAGUUUGUGCAAGAGCCAGAGGUGUUCCCAGAGCUGGCUGUCUGCUUUGUCCUGGCUGCCCAGCAACUCUCUUACCUCCGGAAUUCUGCCCCGCACUCUCUUACCUCCGGAAAUUCUGCCCCGCACUCUCUUACCUCCGGAAUUCUGACCCACACUCUCUUACAUCUGGGAUUCUGCUCCGUGCUCUCUUACCUCCAGGAUUCGGCUCUAUCUCUGGAAUUCUGCACUGCACUUUUUUAAUUCCACUAGACUCCUUCUCCUCUGAUUUCUUAUGUUAAAACAAUCCUCUCUCUCUGCUCCCAUUUUGAGUCUACCCUUCUCUCUCUCUCUCCCUCCCCCUGUGCUCUUUCUGGUACCUUUGUGAUUGAGCCCUGUUGUCUCCCCUUCUCUCUCUCUCUCUCUGCUCCCGUUGUGAGUCUCCCCUUCUCUCUCUCCCUCCCUCCCCCUGUGCUCUUUCUGGUACCUUUGUGAUUGAGCCCUGUUGUCUCUCUCUGGUUCUCUGGGCAGCCAUAUUUGCACUUCAGAGAUGAGGUGAGUGUAGGCAUGGCCCCUGGAUGUAGUUAUAGACGGUGCUACUGGGUGUAUUAUGAGGACAUAUAAGAGCAUGGAGCUCAGAAGCAUGUGCCAUUCAGAAGGCAUGGACUGCAGGCAAAGUUCAGAAGCUUUUGCCCCUGGCCAAACACCAGCUGCUGACCCAUCACCUAGCCAAGCCAUCCAGGCUGCUAUCCAUGCAGCCAAACAUCAGAAGCGGAGGCCCAAAAGCCUUUCUUCUCUUAGCAGUGCACACCCAGGCCAUAGAUCAGAACUCUACCCUGGGGCCCUUGGUGGGUUUUUGGAUUUUCUGAAGCAGCAGUCAGGACGGAGGUGUGAUUCCUCAGGGGGUGUCCAUGUCCUAGAGCCUUCUCCUUGGCAGCGUCCAGAUAUGACACCACAUCGUCCCCUGAGUAUGAGUGUCUUGGAGAUCCACCAUGUUGAUAGGGGGCAGUUGGGCAGAUGUUGGGCAGAACAUGAUGGCAGUCUGGGAGGGAUGAGCAGUAGCUCUGGUUUCCUGAGAGGAAGCUCCCUGUGGAGCAGCCAGCGAUGGAAUAUGUUUGGGAGAAGAUCUCAGGAGGCUUCUAGGAGGACCUUCUCUUCCCUGCGCAAGAGCUUCAGUUUCCGCAUGCGCAGGACAGCAGAUUCCUGCAAAGUGGAGGAGCAGAUUGAGAAGAGGGUGCGGAGCCGCAGCGAGGGAGAAAGCUGCUCUUUGCACCCAAGCUCCUCCCGAAGGGAUCUGCUGAAAUCAGAGUGUCCUGUGGAGAGGAAUAAAGAGGAGAGGACUAGUUUAUGGAGGAUGAUCACUGCCCCUUUCAGAAAGAAGGAAUAUGGCACCAUGAACCAAAGCAGGACUGGCACUACCUCUGAGCCUGUGCUGAUUGGCAUGAUGCGAGCCGAAAGCAGAGCACGCAGGGACCACUCAUUUGUCAACAGCCAAGAAUGGACUCUGAGCAGAUCGGUACCAGAACUGAAAGUGGGCAUUGUGGGUAAUCUGUCGAGUGGAAAGUCGGCGCUGGUGCACCGGUACCUGACGGGUACAUAUGUACAGGAGGAGUCUCCAGAAGGGGGCAGGUUUAAGAAAGAGAUUGUGGUUGAUGGACAGAGCUUUCUGCUGCUGAUCAGAGAUGAAGGAGGGCCCCCUGAGAUGCAGUUUGCAGCUUGGGUUGAUGCCGUUGUUUUUGUCUUCAGUCUGGAGGAUGAGAUCAGUUUUCAGACAGUGUUUAAUUAUUAUGCACGUCUGUCCAGUUACCGCAAUACGGCCGAUGUACCCAUGGUCCUGGUAGGAACCCAAGAUGCCAUCAGUGCGACAAAUCCUCGGGUGAUAGACGACUCGCGGGCACGCAAGCUCUCCAAUGACCUGAAGCGUUGCACUUACUACGAGACGUGUGCCACCUAUGGGCUCAAUGUGGAACGUGUCUUUCAGGAUGUGGCACAGAAGGUGGUCGCUAUCCGGAAAAAGCAGCAGCUUUCUAUUGGUCCGUGCAAAUCUCUUCCCAACUCUCCCAGCCACUCAUCUGUGUCUGCUGCCUCCAUACCGUCCAUGCACAUGAACCAGGCCACCAAUGGCGGGGGGACGUUUAGUGAUUACUCCUCGUCUGUCCCAUCCACCCCCAGUAUCAGCCAACGGGAGCUGCGCAUUGAAACCAUUGCAGCCGCCAGCACCCCGACUCCCAUCCGCAAGCAAAGCAAGCGCCGCUCCAACAUCUUCACUUCUCGGAGGGGCGCAGAGAUGGACAGAGAGAAGAGGGUCCCGGAGUGUAAAACUGAGAAUGUUGGCAGUGGAAGAGCCAUUCCUAUCAAACAGGGAGUUCUGUUGAAGAGAAGUGGGAAAUCUCUGAACAAGGAAUGGAAGAAGAAGUAUGUUACUCUCUGCGACAAUGGGAUGUUAAAUUAUCACCCCAGUCUGCAUGAUUAUAUGCAGAACAUUCAUGGCAAACACAUCGAUCUUCUCCGCACCACCGUUAAAAUUCCAGGAAAGAGACCCCCAAGGGCCACAAGUGGGACCCCUGUAAUUGGAAGCCAUUCAUCUGCACAAACAGGUUCUGCUCAUUCCAGUGUGUCUCUUCCCUCGGAGCGCUCUCUCAGUGGACUCAGCCUGUCGGCAUUCAGUGGCAAAGGAGAUGGGGGAGCCAUGGCCCAUCGCUCGUUCUCUGUGUGCAGUGGGGAGCAGUGGGGGGACAGCACCACAAGUGUUUCUCCCAAUGACUCUCUCAAUGCCGCCUCUAACUUGGGGGGGACCACCAGCCCGAGAUUGGAACCACCCCCUUCCCCUCAUGCAAACCGAAAGAAGCACCGCAGGAAAAAGAGCAGCGCCCCCCUUCGGUCAGAAGGCAAUCCCGGCCCAGGAGAAGAGCCGGAGGAGUCCUAUGGCUUCGUUAUUGUCUCUCUGACUGGCAAGAGCUGGCACUUUGAGGCGUCUCUGUAUGAGGACCGGGAGCUCUGGGUUCAAGCCAUUGAGAGUCAGAUUCUGGCCAGUCUGCAGGGAUGUGAAAGCACCAAGAACAAGGCACGUCUCGGCAGUCAGAGUGACGCUGUUGCCAUUCAGUCCAUUCGGAGCAUCCGAGGGAACAGCCUGUGUGUGGACUGUGAUACUCCCAAUCCGGACUGGGCGAGCCUGAACCUGGGUGCUGUUAUGUGUAUAGAGUGUUCUGGCAUUCACCGAAACCUUGGCACUCACCUUUCCCGCGUACGUUCCCUUGAUCUUGAUGAUUGGCCCGUGGAACUGACUAUGGUUAUGAUGGCCAUUGGGAACAGCCUUGCCAAUAAUGUGUGGGAGCACUCAACUGAGGGGUACAGCAAGCCUGGCCCCGAGAGCUCCAGGGAGGAGAAAGAGCGAUGGAUUCGGGCUAAAUAUGAGCAGAAGCUGUUUGUGUGCCCCUUGCCAGUCUCGGAUGUGCCCCUCGGGCAGCAGCUACUUCGGGCGGUGGUGGAGGACGACUUGCGAUUGGUCGUGACUCUUCUGGCGCAUGGAUGUAAGGAGGAGGUGAACGAGACGUACGGAGAUGGUGACGGACGCUCAGCGCUUCAUCUUGCUGCCGCCAUGGCCAAUGUGGUGUGCACACAGCUCCUGAUCUGGUAUGGAGUGGAUGUGAAGUCUUGCGAUGCCCACGGCCUCAUGCCACUUGCCUACGCCCGCCGGGCAGGAAGCUGCGAAUGCUGCGAUAUCCUCCUGCAGUAUGGCUGCCCAGAAGAUGCUUGUAGCCCGACCCCUGCCCUCAGUGCCCUGUGACCUCAUCUCUUGUGUGACCCCUCAUACGGCGGCACCUCCGUGCCCUGUGAGUACUCAUUGUGCUCUUGUGUGUGCCCCUUAUUGCCCUGUGUACAAGUUUGGGGGAUUUCUCAGGAUUUCAUGAAACUUUGAUGCGCCCCUCGCUGACUCUUCAGCCACAAUACGGCACCAGUAUCAGACCGGAUCUCUUGCAGCAUCAGGUGCAGUUUAUUUGUGUUUGGAAGGGUCACUUACCCUUUAUUUGUCUCAAUGUCGGCCACUAAAGGAGAACUACAUGACAAGCAAUGGUACAAAUCACGUGUGUAACACUAAUGUGCAACGUAGAGACAGGGGAGUUGCACCACUACUCUCCCGUGUAACAACAAUGUACUUCCCUGGAUAAAUGCUGCUCAUUCUGGCCUUUGACUUGGGCUUCUGGUACGUAUAUAUGUAUGGCUGUGCAUAUACACACGAGCAGUAUUGUACUUGCUACCACUAUACAAACAUUUGUACAUAUGGAUAUAUAUAUAAUCUCAUACACACAGCAGGGAACUAUUCAUAUUAUACAGUGGCUGUAAGUCUGGAUCUUUCCUCCUGUCUGGAUUUCUACUGGUCCUGAGCACAACCAACUUGUCUAAAUAUUUCUGUACUCAUCUUGCUCUCUCCUGUGGGACACCUUCAGUUUUGGGGAGCGGGGAAGAACAAGAUUACUGUCUGACUUUGAGGGGAGACAGGGCUGGAUUACACUUUCAGUUUUGGGGAGCAUGAAAGAACUAGAUUACUGCCUGACUUUGAGGGGAGACAGGGCUGUUACACCUUGAGUUUUGGGGAGCUAGGAAGAACAAGAUUCCUGUCUGAGUUUGAGGGGAGACAGGGCUGGAUUAGACCUUGAGUUUUGGGGAGUGGGAAAGAACAAGAUAACUGGCUGAGUUUGAGGGGAGACAGGGCUUUUACACCUUGAGUUUUGGGGAGCUGGGAAGAACAAGAUUCCUGCCUGAGUUUGAGGGGAGACAGGGCAGUUACACCUUGAGUUUUGGGGAGUGGGAAAGAACAAGAUUCCUGCCUGAGUUUGAGGGGAGACAGGGCUGUUACACCUUGAGUUUUGGGGAGCAUGAAAUAACAAGAUUACUGCCUGAGUUUGAGGGGAGAUCAGGCUGUAUUACACUUUAGUUUUGGGGAGCUGGGAAGAAUAAGAUUAGUGCCCGCGUUUGGGCAGAGAUAGAGCUGAGAAGAAGAAGAUCUGGGGGUGCAUGAGGAGGAGGGGAAGGCGAGUAUUACACUAGAGGUGAAGGGCCUCAGAGUGACUCACAUUAGGCUCCCCAAGGGGCAAGUUGAUGUGUGGGUGCGGUACAAGUGUAUAAUAUGUACAGUGUGACUAUUUAUAUUGCUGUGUAUAUUCUGAGCCUUGUGUUGUGUAUGUGCUGUGUAAUAAACUGCUCACAGCC